UAAGGAGAACACUAACAGGGGAAUAACAACAGAAGAAAGAAGUGACAGAGGAAAAUUUCCUGUUGUAGCCCACUGGAUGUUUCAGCCAUGAACCUCAGCUUGACCUUUGUCUUGCUUCUGCUCCUGAGUCUUCACACUUGCACAGCCAUGGGAGGCAGAGCCCAGCGCAGACAGAGACAAGCUGAGGAGAGACUGAGACCGUAUAUUGGCAGAGUAGAGCCAGAAAAGCUUUGUGAGCUGCUGAAAUGCCAUAGUCCAGUGGGAUCUUGGUGCCAGGUAGUUCAGGAAAAUGGAGUCAGCAUCCCCAGAUGUGUUUGUCCCCAGUCCUGUCCACGGCAGAGGGCACCAGUGUGCAGUGUUCUUGGAAAGACCUAUGGCAAUGAGUGUUUGCUGCAUAAAGAAGCCUGCAGAAAGAGACGCCGCACAGGACUGGCUCACACAGGACGCUGUCUGGUCCCCAAGGCUAAAUGCACUGAGGAGGAGUUAAGCCAGUUUCCAUAUCGUCUGCUGGACUGGUUUCUGCUCCUGAGUCGUAUGGGGGAGUCUUACGCACCUGCUGCCCCGCCCCAGAGCUGCCUUAGCCAUGCCAAGAGGACACAACUAGCACAGCAAAGAUUUACAGAACUGGACAAGAACAAAGAUGGCAAGUUGAGCCGCAGGGACCUGAGGAAGCUGCGUUACAAGAAGAUGCCAAUGGAGCACUGUGCUACGCCAUUCUUUCAGUCAUGUGACAGUAACAGUAACAGGAAGGUGACCCUACGAGAGUGGACAACCUGUCUGGUGGAUCGCUCCGAGGACUGGUUCUACCAUUUCAUGUCAAUGAGAAUGGGUUCCCGUAAGCUGUGUCCUACAGUCAAGGAGUACAUUUGACAUGAAAACAGCCAUGAACUCCUGCAUCUCUUUUGUACUGUAAAAAAUUCACUGAAGACAACAUCACCACAGCUGAUUUAAAAGCAGGAUGGCAUCUACACACACUGCUCACUCUUUCAAUCUGUUUCACUAUGUAUUGCAGCUUGUAAUAUAAUGAUUUAUCA